GAUGUGCUGUCGCUCUCCGUUGACAGCCAUCAGCUCGACCUGUCAAAGUGCAAUUCUUUCGAUUCUCUCUUUUCCGGCCUUUACGGUUGUUGUGUGAACACAUUUUUGUUGAGGGCCUAGCUAGCAGAACCCUAUCAAGAUGGUGAAGGGUAAUCAUAUGAUAUCCAAUGGUCACUUCCACAAGUACUGGCAGCGACAUAUUCGAACAUGGUUCAACCAACCGGCCCGUAAGUACCGCCGUAGGCAAAAUCGCAUCAAGAAAGCGAAAGCUGUAUUUCCGCGGCCAGCUGCUGGGCCAUUGCGUCCGGUUGUUCGUUGCCCAUCGCAGCGCUACAAUACUAAAGUCCGUGCAGGACGUGGAUUCACGCUUGCUGAGCUGAAGGGCGCAGGUUUGACGAAAGGAUUCGCUCAAACCAUCGGUAUUUCGGUUGAUCCUCGUCGCCAGAAUAAGUCCGUUGAGAGUCGCCAGCAGAACAUCCAGCGACUGAAGGAAUACCGCAGCAAACUGAUUCUCUUCCCGAUCCACCCGAAGAAGAAACUGCGCAAGGGUGAAGCCACCGAAGAGGAACGCAAACUGGCCACCCAGCUGAGAGGCCCUGUUCUGCCGAUCAAGAACGAGAAACCGAAGGUUGAAUUCCGCGCAAUCACCGAAAAGGAGAAGAAGUUCUCGGCAUUCCUCGCCGUUCGCCAGGCUCGUCUGCAUGCGCGUCAUUUCGGUGCCCGCGCCAAGAAGGCAAAGGAGAACGCGGAGAACGAAGCCAACCCGGCUGCAGCCAGUGAGAAGAAGGCCAAGAAGUAAAAUCAAGCGGACUGUAUAAUUUAAUGUUUUAUUUUUUCGUUUGGUACACCUAAUGGCAAAAAAUACGGAUAUGCAAGAAAUAUAAAAAUGUUUGGAAUGUGUUAUUCCAACUCCAUAA